AUGUCUAAGGUGCUGAGCGCGCUUGGUGGUGCGCUGCCAGAUGAGCGGCCGCUGCUGUCCUUGCAGAUCGUGGAGACGGUGGCCAAGUGUCCUACAGGGUACUGGCCCGUCAGCAGGACGUAUGAUGAAGACGCUGACGCUGGACUACUGCGCCAGAAUGGCUUGUUCGGCAAGAAACCAAGCCACUACAUUUGUUUGUCCAAGUCCGAGGGUGUUCCUGGCUACGUGAUGGACGGUGUGGUGAUAGUGGGGGAGCGGGAGGCAGCUCCGCCCGGGUACAGCGUGGCGGGGCGCGCUGGGAAGAGGCGACUGUGUACGCGCGUCUCCCGCCCUGCUGCAGCGCGCGCCUACCCGCCUGUGACAGACGUCAUCGUCUGCUCCAAGAUGAGGCAGGCGCCGCAGGGAUUCAUACUCGCUGGUGAGAUAAACGGCAAGAUGGUGUGCUACAAAGUGAGCGGCGGCAGCGCGGACAACUCGCCCACACACAACGAGUAUGAGAACGUGGUCACUAACAUCACGCCCGAAGCUAAUAGGAGAUUACGUGUACCAGAGCGGCCACCGAAGCUAUCGCCUCUAGUCUCCGAACUAAACAACUUGAAUCUCAAGCAGUCGCCGACCGCGUACCCUAACAUCGAGGAGUUCACCACGGACCAUGACUACGAAGCCCUAAGUCCGUCAUACAAUAUUAAACCAAGUCGGCCGGCGCCCCGGCCACCGUCAGCGAAAUCCCCGAUCCCACACGGGAGCCCCGCUGGACCGACGUCUCCCGUAGCACAUGGUCGCAAGAAGGGACCCGCGCCCCUACCAAGAAACACCAUCUACCAGACGUUGGGAGGCUACAACGGGAUGGAAGGAGUGCCAUUUUUAUUGAACCCCAAGUUGAGAGGGUUGCCUAGUGACCAUGUGACACAAUUGCCCGUCAUAAAGCGGCGCACGCGCUUCGAUCUCGACCGUGACUACACCUACAAUUUCAGCGUGGAGCGGCAGACGUGA